AUGGCGGCUUUUCCCUCCCUCUCAGCCUCUUUUGUACUUCUUCAACUAGCACUAACAUGUUCGGCCCAACAUCUGAAUCUUACUACUAGGCCAUUACACCUCACCGGCCACACCCCCGGUGAUGGCUGCGUCCACCUCCCCAUCAUCCACUCUACUAACACCGACCACUUUGCCCGUCGCGGCAUCCAACUCGCUCUCAACAAUCGGUCUGACGUAGCUUACUAUGCCCAACUCGAGAUCGGCACCCCCCCACAAACAGUCUACACCCAACUCGACACGGGCUCUUUCGAACUCUGGGUGAACCCGGACUGCACCACCGUCUCGCCCUCCGAUUUAUCCUUCUGCGACCACAUCGGCUUCUAUAACGCCUCCCUCUCUUCUACGUCCAAAUCCCUCGGCACCAGCAAAACCCUCCGUUACGGCAUCGGCGCCGCCAAUAUCUCGUACGUGACCGACACCAUCUCCCUUUCCGGCUCCUCCACCUCUUUGAAGGAUAUCCAAUUCGGCGUCGCCACCUCCUCCAAAGAUGCCUUCUCCGGAAUCCUAGGGAUCGGCUACGGCCAGGGUCUAGCAACCAAGUAUCCCAAUUUCAUCGACCAGCUGUACGCCCAAAAGAUCACCAAAGUCAAAGCAUACACUCUCGCACUAGGAUCCAAGACUGCUCAACAGGGGAGUAUCGUUUUCGGCGGGGUGGACACGUCCAAGUUUGCUGGGCCGCUGGCGAGACUACCGAUUAUUUCAGCGGGAGACUCACCGGAUGGCGUGCCGCGGUUUUGGGUGCAGAUGAAUGGGAUCAGACUUACGCCGCCUUCAGGACAGAGCAUGGGCGUUUACGAGGGGAGUAAAAUCCCGGCGUUUUUGGAUAGUGGGAGUACCAUGACGAUCUUGCCGCCUGCGUUGGCGAACAAGAUUGCCGAGGACUUUGGGAGCCCGGAGAAAGAUGCGAACGGGUUUUAUAGCGUCGGUUGUGGGUAUGUAGAGAUGAAUGGGACGAUGGAUUUUGAGUUCGUGGGUUCAGGACAAAAGGUGACGGUUAGGGUGCCGUACAAGGAAAUGAUCAGGGAGGUGGGACAGGGGGAGAGCAAGAUGUGCUUUUUGGGGAUCAUGGGCAGUGAGAGUUUUACGUUGUUGGGGGAUACGUUUUUAAGGAGUGUUUAUGCCACUUCAUGCGGUAAUACGCCCGCUGCGCUCAGGGACGUUACCGAUUUGUCUCGCGUGGUAGGGAAUUGUCAGAUACAAGCGGGCCAGAAGGAGGCGGUGGUGGAUGUGGUUUCGGAGACGUCCAUUGCGCCGCCUACUGGUUCGACAGGCGGCACUGAUGGUGUGACUGGGACGGGAGGAAAUGGAAAUGGAAAUGGGGGAACGCGCACGGCGUGGGGGUUUGUCACCACGACAUUGGCGGUACCUAUAGCGACAGGUUUAGUCGGUGGUGGUGGAAGUAUGAGCGCGACUGCGUUGGAUUCCUCUGGGAGAAGUAUGGCUGGCGAUGUGGUGUUGAGCGUCGCGAUGGCUGUUGGUGCUGCGGUGCUGGGAAGUCUGUUGUGAUCUGCUGCAUUCUGAGUUUGCAUAGCAAGUGUGUUUAGUUGAUUUCCUUC